AUGAAGAAAAAACCACGCUCCUCCGCCGUCACCUUCAUUCUCUCCGCCGCGGUGUUUAUCCUAUGUUCAGUACCAUCAUUUCAUGCUCUCGGCUCCGGCACCUCCCUCGCCAUCAAUGACGCCUCCGCCACCGUCUGCGGCAUCGUGGCAGAGGAAUCGACUCGGCGCAUUGAGUGCUACCGUCGCGGCCAGGUCAUCUCCGCCACACCGAACGUGUCUUUCUCGUCGAUCUCUGGCGGGAGGAGCUACUUCUGCGGCCUCAGGUCCGGCAACUACAGUUUGCUCUGUUGGGACACCGUCUCUUCCGAAGUUGGCUUCGAAAGGAAAAGGCUUUACAACAAUGACACUGUUCUAUUCGAGAAUCUCUCUGUCGGGGAUACCCAAGUUUGUGCCACGGUCGUCGGCGCCGGAACGGUGUCGUGUUGGAGAGUCAAUGGCGCGUUUGAAUUGCCUUCUGGGUCUGAUCAUUUUGCGUCUAUUUCAUCUGGGUCUGGCUUCUCUUGCGGAAUUCUGAGGAACAGUUCAAGGGUUCGGUGUUGGGGAAUUGAGUCCGUUGCAAGAAGGAUAGAGAAUGCGUUUGGAAACAAUUCUAUGGUGAGUCUUGUAGCUGGUGAUUCACAUGUUUGUGGAUUAAAUUCAACUGGGUUUUUGGUUUGCAGAGGAAGUAAUAGUUCUGGGCAAAUCGAUGUUCCGCAAGGAGGGGCUUUGGAGUAUUCUGGGUUAGCACUCGGAGCUGAGCAUAGCUGUGCUAUUAGAAGAUCCAAUGGUUCUGUCGUUUGCUGGGGUGGCAGAGGAUUGUUCUCGGUUAAUGUUACAGAAGGUGUUUCUUUUGAGAUCAUUGUUUCUGGGUCGAAUUUUACUUGCGGAUUGACAACAAACAAUUUUUCAGUUAUGUGUUGGGGACCUGGUUGGUCUAAUAGUUCUCAUUCUGGUUCAGGUUUUGAGCUUCCCUUGCCUCCUAUUCUUCCAGGGCCUUGUGUUCAAUCUUCUUGCAGUGAGUGUGGCAUAUAUCCUCAAUCUCAAACUUUGUGUUCUGGCUAUGACAACAUUUGCAAGCCACAGCCUUGUUGGCCUCAAAUGUCACCGCCAGCACCGCUGCUGAUACCACCAUCGGUGCCGGCACCACCACCAUCUUCUCGAUCAAAGACUUUGACAAGGGGCUUAUUGGCAUUUGUCAUUGUUGGAUCCAUGGGAGGUGUUGCUGGUAUUUGCACAGUAGUUUAUUGCUUGUGGACUGGGGUUUGUUUUGGGAAGAAGAAAAUCCACAAUUCUGUGCAACCAACAAUCACUAGAGGUGGCAGUGUCAAUGGUGGGUCUGUUUCAAAUAAUAGCCCACCUUCGAGAUCAUCCACCAUUAGGCGUCAGGGUUCAAGGAUAAUGAGGCGGCAAAGAAGUGGAACCUCAUCAACAAAACAUCCGGAUAUGGCAGAGGAGUUCACCCUUGCUGAGCUCGUGGCAGCAACCAACAAUUUCUCACUUGAGAACAAGAUUGGUGCUGGAAGCUAUGGUGUUGUGUACAGAGGCAAACUUGCUGAUGGUCGUGAGGUUGCAAUCAAAAGGGAGGAAGCUGGUACUACUAAGGUGAAGAUGUUUCUAGAGAAAGAGAGUGCAUUUGAGUCAGAAUUGGCCUUCUUGUCACGUCUACAUCACAAACACUUGGUUAGGCUAGUUGGGUUCUGCGAAGAGAAAGAUGAAAGACUCUUGGUGUAUGAGUACAUGAAGAAUGGGGCCUUACAUGAUCAUUUGCAUGACAAAAACAACGUGGAGAAGAGUAGUAGUGUAUUGAAUUCUUGGAAAAUGAGGAUCAAAAUUGCACUGGAUGCUUCGCGAGGAAUUGAAUAUCUCCAUAAUUAUGCAGUUCCAUCCAUAAUUCACAGAGAUAUAAAGUCUUCUAACAUUCUCAUUGACUCGACUUGGACGGCAAGAGUAUCUGAUUUUGGAUUGUCAUUGAUGAGUCCAGACUCUGACCAUGAUUACCGAACAUUGAAGGCAGCUGGAACAGUUGGAUACAUUGAUCCUGAAUAUUAUGGUCUAAAUGUUGUGACAGCAAAGAGUGAUGUCUAUGGGCUUGGAGUGGUAUUGCUUGAACUCUUAACGGGAAAGAGAGCUAUAUUCAAGGAUGGUGAAAAUGGAGGCACCCCUAUGAGCGUGGUAGACUUUGCAGUGCCUGCAUUUAUGGCUGGAGAGUUGGAGAAAAUUUUGGACCCGAGGGUUGAACCACCAGUGUUGAAUGAAACAGAAGCGGUGGAGCUUGUGGCCUACACUGCCAUGCAUUGUGUAAAUAUUGAAGGGAAGAACAGACCAAUAAUUUCUGACAUCGUGGCCAAUUUGGACCGUGCUUUGGCUCUUUGUGAGAGUAGUCAUGCUCAUGGCACUAUUUCCAGCAGUUCAAUCUCUAUUGCAUCUGACUGA